AUGAAAUUGAAUAAAAAUGAUUUAUUUUAUUUUAUAUGUGAAAAAUCAAAAGAUAUUAUAAAUAUAAUAAUAAAAUAAAAAUUAAAAGAAAUUUAAUAAUUCACAGAAUAUUAGAACCAUAAUUAAAACUAAAAUAAGCCUUAUAAUUCAAUAUUAAAUUAACCAUUUGGACAAGUAUUUAAAUUAAUUCCAAGAAUAAUAAGCUUUGAGAAUAAGAAAUAAUUUUUCCAUUAAGAAAUAUCAUAGAUUCGUUAAAGUACUAGUAAUUUAUAAAUAAGAUUAAAAAUUCGAAGAAAAGAAGUUCUUUUAGAUUCAUUUUAAUCAAUCAAACCAUUAACUCCUGAAGAAUUAAAAGGAAGGUUAAAAAUAGAAUUUUAAGAUGAAGAAGGAAUAGAUGCUGGUGGAUUAAUUAGAGAAUGGUUUAUAAUAUUAUCAAAAGAAAUAUUUAACCCAAAUUAUUGCUUAUUUUUACCUUCUUAAAGCGGAAAUACAUUCUAACCUAAUCCAAAUUCACAUAUAAAUAAUUAAGAUAAAGAUUAUUUCAAGUUUGUGGGUAGAAUUGUUGGAAAAGCACUUUUUGAUGGGUAUAUGUUAGACGCUUAUUUCACUCGAUCUUUCUAUAAGCAUAUCCUUUAAUAAGAAAUUACUUACCAUGAUAUCUAAGAUUAGGAUUAUGAAUUUUACAAAAAUAUGAAUUGGAUUGUUGAAAAUGAUAUUUCAGCUCUUGAUUUGACUUUCGUUUAUGAAACUAAUGAGUUUGGAAAACAUUAAGAAUUGGAACUUAAAUCUGGAGGUAAGAAUAUUGCUGUUACAGAAGAAAACAAAUUGGAAUAUAUUCAUCUUAUUUGCCAUCAUAGAAUGACUAUGAGAAUUCAAGAAUAAAUUAAGUGGUUUUUAGCAGGUUUUCAUGAUAUUAUUCCUAGUAAAGUUGCUUCUGUCUUUGAUUCUCAUGAACUUGAAUUAAUGAUUUCUGGUUUACCUGAAAUCGAUUGUAAAUAAUAAAUUAUUCAAUUUAUAUGUUUUUUAUUUUUUUAUUUUUUUUAAGUGGCUGAUCUUAAAGAAAAUACAGAAUAUCAUAAUUAUAAACCUAGUGAUUAAUUAAUUGUUUGGUUCUGGGAAAUUCUUAAUACUUAUGAUAGUACUUAAAAAGCUGCUUUCAUUCAAUUUGUUACUGGUACCUCGAAAGUUCCUUUAGAUGGAUUUGGUUAUCUUAAAGGUAUUUCUGGUUUCUAGAAAUUCCAAAUUCAUAAAGCUUACAAUAUUAAUAAAUUACCAACUGCACAUACAUGUUUUAAUUAACUCGAUUUACCUGAAUAUUAGACAAAAGAAGCUCUUGCUUAAAAGUUGACUUAUGCAAUUUUAGAAUGCAAAGAAGGUUUUGGAUUUGGUUGA